UGACAGAUAGCAAUGAGAUUUUGCCAUAAGAGUGAGUAGAGGCAUUACUUUCGUAUUCGCGAAUACGGCAUUAUAUCCGCCAGGAAAAACAUUAGUGUCACAUCAAAACAGAAAUAAAAACAAUCCUAAAACAUGAAAUGCAUCGUGCCAACCUGCUGCGUUGUGGUCGAUAGCUGCCGACGAUUCCCCCAGCAAAGCAUUCUCGCAGCACGAUGGCUGGAUUCUAUCCGGAAGGGAUGUGGCGCUGAAGUCGAAAUGGAUCUGGAUGAGACGAACGAUUGUCAUGUGUGCAUUUGGCAUUUUGAAACGCCCGGAAUUUCGCCCGAAAUUUACGAAGACGAGAAUCAAUACUUGGAGCCUAGAAAGUUUUUCAACUGUGAAGGAGAACAGAUAGAGACGGACUGCUGCCGGUUGUGUUUGCAGUUCUUCCGCUGCACUGAUAUGGUGGACACCAAAGGAAACAUCCAUGAAGUGGAAAUCAACGCUAUGAUUUUCGAAACAUUGGAAAUUGAUUUAGGAGCGGACUACAUCCCGAACUCGAUCUGCAUCGAGUGUCUGGCCCGGUUGGAUCUGAUGAACUCAAUCCGGAAUGACUUCCUGAAUGUGGAAAUCAUGUUUCAACAUUUGAUGAAAACUGUCCAGGAAUCACGGACUGAUGUUGUUGGUGAUCGACUAGAACAUAUCAAAGAAGAGAAUACUGAUGGCUGGAAUUUGCCGGAACAUGGCAAAGAUGGGUCCGAUUAUCAAGAAAAGGAGCCGAAAAAGGAGGAUGACCUGGAUGGUCGCGCAGAAGCUGAUGUGGUCAAGGUACCUGUUCCCAGGAAAAAAGGAAGGACUCGCACGCAUCGUAACGAUUGGCUUGGCAAUGUAUUAAGGAAAAAUGCUGAAAAGAAAUGCUAUAUUUGUUCAGCAGAAUUCGAAGAUAAAUUUACAUUAGGUGUUCAUCUAACUGAUAACCAUACGUCCACGUCAAAUCAUCGAUGUGAAGAAUGUGCACUUGAAUUUGCAACACUUCUGCGAUAUAACAGACACCUCGGUCGUCACGACAAAAAUUUACCAUUCAAGUGUUCAGUUUGUCCUUUAAGAUUUUUCUCUAAAAUGACUGUCAGUCACCAUGAGAAGGUGGUGCACACAUCCCAGAAGAAAUGCAACAAAUUGCUCAGAAUUGAAAAGUCAUAUGUUUGCGAACAAUGUGGAAAAUCAUAUAUUGGAAAAUGCUCGUUCAAUGCGCAUCUGAAUGCACACGCGGACUUGAAGGUCACGUGUAGAAUUUGCCAGGCGACCUUCACGCGCAAUUGUUCACUCGAGAGGCACAUGCUGAUCCAUGCAGGCACAAAACCGUAUAGCUGCGAUCAAUGCGAUAAGUCUUUUAAACGCGCUUUCCUGCUGCGAGAGCACAAGCAAAAGGCUCACAAUGCCAACGAUCCUUUCGUCUGUAGUAUUUGCAACAACGAGUAUGACACAUACGCGGACAUGUAUUACCACAAGAAAGUAAUCCAUCACGGUAAAAGCCGACCAAAGGGCAAUACUGCGAAACAAAACAAACCUGAUGGCAUAACUUGUAAGUUAUGCAGUAUCAGUGUCUGCAAAAAAGAUUUAAAAUUACACAUCUCAGAGGUUCAUCCGAAUGAGCAUUACCCUUUUCGUCAGUGUCCCGAAUGUCCUCGGACGUUCCUCACCUACAUCGCGUGGUAUGUGCACCGAAAGGGUCACACCGACAAGUAUGCGUGCAAAGUUUGCGGAAGGAGAUUUACUGGCAUCACGAGCCUGCAGUCCCAUAUGACGGGAUCCCAUUCCGAUGGAACGCGCUUCGAGUGCAAGAAGUGCCCAGGCAAGGCGUUCAAAACGGCUCAAACACUCCUCGCCCAUGAACGCGUGGUACAUUUGAAGACUCGUCAGAUGAAGUGUGAAAUUUGUGACAAAACAUUCAAUCGCAAAGACAAUCUUGAUACGCAUCGACGGAUUCAUACCGGAGAGAAGCCUUAUGAAUGCUCCAACUGUUACAUGCGGUUUGCUGACCAGAGUACGAUUUUCAAACAUAGAAAGCGCUGUAUUCAAAAAACGUCGCCCACGACAGAUAUCGAGAACGUAGGAUAAUAGGCAUAAUAAACGUAUACAUACUGCCGUGGUCAUCUA